CAAGUCAACAAACGGCAGAAAAACAAAACCACAUCAAAUCAAUAUGAAAUUCCUCAUCUGUUUGGCUCUGUGCAUUGCGACCGCUCAGGCUGGCAUAUUGGCUGCACCGGUUGCCAGCUAUGCCGCAGUGGCGCCCGUUGCCACCUACUCGGCCGUAACGCCCGUCAGAUAUUCCACCUAUGCUGCCGUGGCUCCCAUCUACAGGACACCUGUGACCACUUAUGCCGCUGCGCCAGUCUACACGGCUCCCAUUACCGGCUAUGCUGCAGCGGCUGUAGCCAGUCCCUUCUGGAAAAAGUAGUAAAUGUUAAUGGUAAUACAUGGCCCGAUAUUUGGUUCACUUGAGAAAUGAAAUACAUAAAUAAAAAUAAACCAUAAACCGAAUCUUGGCUGUCUUUCAAGCA